GUGACUGUAUGCUGGGGAAGAAUCAGUCGCACGCACCCACACCACACCAGUCGACUCAAAAGGCGUCCCCUCCGCCACACUCUACACAUAAAAUCAGAGCCCUCACUCUCACCACGUCACAUGCCUACCUACUACGGAGCCAUCUUCUCGUUGCGUCCACCGUGAUGGCCUGACAACCACGAGGGAGAUUGGUCAUCCUGUCCCCAAGGAAUGGGCCAGAAACCAAUACCCGCAAGCUCUCGUCAGGCAAGCACAGCGAACACAGCCGAGGAAGCCCCACACACCACACCACAACACAACACAACACAACACAGCUCUCGACCUCUCCCUCUCCACUAGAUACAAUCGACACGCUCACUCACUCAGUCACUCAGUCACUCACCACAUCGAUCAACACACCCCUCUCCCUGUCCCGCUCCCUCCGCCCGUCCGUCGCUUUCACCCGUCGGUCCCAUCACCUCAGCAGGUCGUCGUCUCUGUUGCGCAGCUCCAGCCCCCAGGGAUUCCACCAGGUCUUCUCCUUGCGCCGCUUCUCCUCCAACUCCCUCUCCUUACGCAGACGCCGCUCCAAGAUCUCCAGCUGCAGCUCCUCCUCAAGACUCAACGACCCUAAUGGAUGGACACAGCACACACACACACACACACACACACACAUACAAACCACCACCACCAGCUGCCGACUGCCUGCCUGCCUGGGUGGGUGGGUGGGUGGGUGGUUGGCUGACCUGUCAUGCGUUUGACUCUGAGGGAAUUCCGCUUGACGAGGUUCUGCCGCCUCUCCUCUCGCUUCCGCUGCACGUACACGCCGUUGGCCCAGAAAGCCAACACCACACCAAAACACGAGGCCGCAGCCACCGCCACCUUCGGGUCAGCCUGCACACGAACAAACAGACACAGCCAUCCAGAUGUAGUUAACUGAACCGCAUGCAUAAUGUGAUGAGUGAGAACCGCUCUCACCCGCGGCACGAAUUCGUCGACCAUCAUCGGGGUGAUGCUGCGCGACCACGGCGAUGGCGACACUCUCAGUGGCGGCCUUCUGCAGGGCCUCAAGGCAAGCGGGCGGCUCACGAAAGAAGCGACAGACUGAGUCACCAUCUGCUGCUGCUGUUGUGUCUGCUGCUGCUGCAGCGCUGCGGCUCUUCGGCUGAUGAAGCUGACUGCCGCCCAGAGCCAGACAUACUGCAGCAUCCUCCAUGGCUUCCGCGCGGCGGAUGAGCCGACAGCGAGAGAGAUCAUCAUCCGAGGACACCAAUGAAAACACUGGUGCCAGAUGUGGUGGAAGGGCAGUGCUUUAGGCUGCGGGCAAAAGCCUU